CAGAUACGCGUAACAGACUUCGUCUUGUCGCGUGACAUGCUUUUGAUCAGCCUUACGCAGAUUUCUUCUGACUUUUACUCCUUUUGUCAUAAAAUCGAAGUGAAAUGAACCCCAACGACGAAAAGGCGUCUCUUCUCCACUCUGGACGUUCAAAUGCCACUAUUUAUUCCAGAAACUUGUCUCAAGAGGAAAAGAUUCUUGAGCUAUCUAAGUCAAGAGAAUUAUCCUCAAAAUACAGAUUGUACUGCAGAAGAUGGUACAUGCUUCUGGUCCUGUUUGUACUCAAUGUCUCCAAUGCUAUGCUGUGGUUAAGUUUCGCCCCGGUGGCUGACUACACAGCUUCAUAUUAUGGCAAGAGUGUUGAUGCUGUAAACUGGCUUUCAAUUGUGUACCUUCUUUGUUAUUUAUUGUUUGGUUUGGUGGCAGUUUGGAUCCUUGAUGUUCUUGGUUUACGAACAGGGGUUCUUUUAGGUGCAUGGUUGAAUGCUCUUGGCGCAGGUGUUAGAAUUCUCAGUGGACUUCAUUUUGUCCAUCAAAACAACAAAUUCAUGACAGUGAUGAUUGGUCAAACUUUAGCUUCACUUGCCCAGCCAUUCCUCCUUGGAUCUCCUACAAAGCUGGCAGCCCUGUGGUUCGGAGCAGAUGAGAGGGCCACAGCAAACAUGAUAGCAUCGCUUAGCAAUCCCAUGGGGGUGAUGAUAGCUAAUGUAUUGGCUCCUAUUAUUGUAAAUGACAAAACAGCCAUUCCUUUUAUGUUGGAAAUGUCCUCAAUUCCUGCCUUCCUUGGUGUCGUCAUGGCAACCUUUGGAGUAUGCAGUAGCUCCCCACCAACUCCACCCACAGCAUCGGCAGAGUCAUCAUCAGAGCCUUUCUUUCAAGGUCUCAAAAAGCUUUUGCAGAACAAACCUUACCUGGUGUUGCUGGUCACAUUUGGUUGUGGGAUAGGCCUUUUUACCUGCCUUACAACAAUUUUAGAACAAGUCAUCUGCCCAAGAGGAUAUAGUGAUAAAAUGGCUGGAAUAGCAGGUGCUGUUUUGAUAGCAGUUGGUCUGGUGGGAGGUGGAUUAGCUGGUGUGUAUGUUGACAAAACCAAGAGGUUUGAAGAGACAGCAAAGAUUUCAUAUGCACUGGCAGCUGUAUCAUGUUGUGUACUCACAAUUGUGAGUAGCAUGCCUGAUCAUCCUGUUCUUAUUGUGGCCGUUAGUGGUUUGUUUGGUUUUUUUGCAUUUGCCCUUAUGCCAGUCUGUUUGGAAGUUGGAGUGGAGUGUACCUACCCUGUGGCUGAAGCAACAAGUGCAGGGCUUCUGUGGAUGGCAGGUCAAGCCACUGGGGUGAUAUUCAUAUUAGUUUCCCAAGCUUUAGCAGUUCCCAAAAAUUUCCCACACUCCAAGUGUCAUCAGAAGUCAGACGACGAUAAAGUCCCGGAUUUUCUCUAUGCCAUGAUUUUUAUGACUUCAGUGGCUGUUGCUAUGGCGAUUUUGAUAAUUUGUGGCUUUAAACCUCCUUACAAACGCCUCCAGAUGGAGCAAAGAAGAGAGGCUCAGAGAAUUCUUCAAUCGCACGGCGAGCAGAGACUUCCAAUUAUACCUUAACCGCCUAACCCAGACAUCAAAAGCUGAGUGCUAAGAUAACUCUUUGCAGACAGUUUUAUCAGUUCUACGUCAUCAGGGCGUAUCUUGAUUGACCUUAUAACUCCUUAAACAGAGUAAACGAAACAGCCGACUAGAACUAGGCAUAUGAGAACGAAUGCAAUUUACGUCUAAAUGUCUUGACUAAGCCUGGAAUAACAAGUGUUCAAGUAAUUGACGCUUUUAGUUGUGUAUCUGGGUCCAGUUGUUCAAAGGGUGGAUAACACCAUCCGAUGCUUAAAUCCCUAUUUAGCGAAAUAGAGGUUCAGAACGUACUGCGGUAUCCACUAGAUAGAGAGUUAUCUAGUGGAUAGCGUCAUCCGCACCCUUCGAAAAACCGAGGCUUUGGACACGGCGUAGACAUAGAAACAUAGCAAACUGAGCAAUUUUAAUGAACUCUUAAAAAUGAUUUUCGAAUUAUAUUGCUCUUUAAGGCAGUGCGUUGUUUUAAAACUAUCCUUGCCUUCCUCCACACAUGUUUAUAUAGAAUUUGCAGGGAAACCAAAUUGAACUGAUAGCGACUUUACAAAAAUGCAUCAAGCUAAAUGGAAGAUUUUUGUUUAAAAUACUUUGUUUGCUUUAUAAGGAAUCGGCGAUCUUAAUCAGUAAGAAAUAGGCAUCAGACUUACAAACGAUUUGAAAGGUGUACGUUUAGAAUGGAGAGAAGCCAACUAAACUCGAUAGUUGAUAACUUUAGAUUUUAAGAACUCGAUUUUUUUUUCACUAUCAUCAGAGUUGCACUUGUUUCUUUCACAAAGAAAAAAUGAUCUUGAAAUUACAUAAAAAAAAAAA